AUGAAACACAUGGAAAAUAAGAACAACGUGACAGAGUUUAUUCUUCUGGGACUCACAGAGAACCCAAAAAUGCAGACAACCAUAUUUGCUGUAUUUUUUAUCAUCUAUGUCAUCUCCAUGGUAGGAAAUGUGCUCAUCGUGGUCACCAUCAUGGCCAGUCCAUUACUGGCAUCACCGAUGUACUUUUUCUUGGCCUAUCUCUCCUUUAUUGAUGCCUGCUAUUCCUCUGUCAACACUCCUAAACUAAUCAUAGACUCACUCCAUGAAAAGAAAAUCAUCCUGUUCAAUGGAUGUAUCACCCAAGUCUUUGGGGAACAUUUCUUUGGAGGUGCAGAGGGUAUCCUGCUGACUGUGAUGGCCUAUGACCGCUAUGUGGCCAUCUGCAAGCCCCUGCACUACACAGCCAUCAUGAAUCGCCGAGUGUGUAGUCUGCUAGUGGGAGUGGUAUGGGUGGGAGGUUUUCUUCAUGCAGCGAUACAGGUCUCCUUUAUCUUCCAAUUACCCUUCUGUGGCCCUAAUGUCAUAGAUCACUUCAUGUGUGACCUGAACCCUUUGCUCAAUCUGGCCUGCACUGACACUCACACUCUGGGGCUCUUCGUUGCUGCCAACAGUGGCUUCAUCUGUCUGCUAAACUUCCUCCUUCUGAUGGUCUCCUAUGUGGUCAUCCUUCGCUCCCUAAGAACCCACAGUUUGGAAGGGAAACGCAAAGCCCUCUCCACCUGUGUCUCCCACAUCACUGUGGUUGUCUUGUUCUUUGUGCCCUGCAUUUUUGUGUACAUGAGACCUUCAGCUACGUUACCCAUUGAUAAAGCAGUUACUGUGUUCUACACCAUGAUUACUCCCUUGUUAAAUCCUUUAAUAUACACCUUGAGAAAUGCUCAGAUGAAAGAUGCCAUUAAGAAAUUGUGUCAUUAA